CCGCCGUCCCCCGCGGCCCCCGACACCCCCGGGUCCCCCCAGCCCGAGCAGCCGUCGGAGGCCUACGCGCGGCAGCUGCUGCUGGAGGAGUGGAGGCCCCCCAGCGGGACCCUCGAGCUGCCCCCGCGCCUCACCUGGAGGCUGCUCUUCCUGCGGCGGCCGCUCUACCGCAACCUGCUCCGCUCGCCCAACCCCGAAGGCAUCAACAUUUAUGAGCCAGCACCCCCUACUGGUCCCACCCAGCAGCCCCUGGAGACCCUGGGCAACUUCCACGGGUGGUACAUUAGGACUGAGAAGCUCCAGAAUGACCGCAGUUGGACGGUGAAGCAGCAGUGUGUGGAUCUUCUGGCCGAGGGCCUAUGGGAGGAGCUCCUUGAUGAUGAGCAGCCGGACAUCACGAUCAUGGACUGGUACGAGGACAGCCGGCUGGACGCGUGUGUCUACGAGCUGCACGUCUGGCUGCUGGCGGCUGACCGACACACGGUCAUCGCGCAACACCACGUGGCCCCCCACACCUCUGGGCGGGGCCCCCCCGGCUGCUGGCUCCAGGUGUCCCACGUCUUCCGCCAGUAUGGCCCCGGCGUGCGCUUCGUCCACUUCCUGCACAAGACCAAGAACCGGAGGGAGCCCGGCGGGCUGCGGCGGACAAGGGUGACCAAUUCCUCCGUGUCUGUGCAGUUCAGGGAGUGACUGGCUCUUCAACUUCUCCCCGAGCUAGUGCUCGACAGACGCUCCUCACAUUUCCCCUCCCCCUCCAACCCCAAAUUCUCACCGCACCUAGAGCUGUCCCCAUACCUCUCCUCCCUACAAUACCCUCAUUUCUCCUCCCUCAUUCCUCCAGAGUCCCCAAAGCCAUCAGCGUACCCAUCAAGGGCCAUCAUCACUGAGGAUGGUGGCGGGACAGAUGGCAAAUUUGAGCUAAAAGUUUUUUCGUGUGUUGGGGAAAGAAAGAUUGAAAGUCUUUAAUAACCCGUAAGUUCCGGGCCAGGUCAAGCAAGAGACCCUGGUCUUAGCCUGGGGCAGGGUCCUUGAAGGCCUCUUGCUGUUCCAGGCCUGACUCCUCAGGGAGGCUGGAGGUCCCUGGCAGGCCAGAACAGCUG